AUGAUCAAAUUUGGCCUGGGUGACAGGAAGGUUGUCCUCGCUUAUCGCCCCUGCUCCAGGCCGGCCGUGGCCGCCGUCUGGAGAGCUUUGGUCAACGUUGUUGGCCCAGAUAUCACAACCUACAGCCCAGGUAUCACAACCUACAGCCCAGAUAUCACAACCUACAGCCCAGAUAUCACAACCUACAGCCCAGAUAUCACAACCUACAUCCCAAAGCCCACUACCUACAGCCCAGAUAUCACAACCUACAGCCCAGAUAUCAAAACCUACAGCCCAGAUAUCACAACCUACAGCCCAGAUAUCACAACCUACAGCCCAGAUAUCACAACCUACAGCCCAGAUAUCACAACCUACAGCCCAGAUAUCACAACCUACAGCCCAGAUAUCACUACCUACAGCCCAGAUAUCACAACCUACAGCCCAGAUAUCAAAACCUACAGCCCAGAUAUCACAACCUACAGCCCAGAUAUCACAACCUACAGCCCAGAUAUCACAACCUACAGCCCAGAUAUCACAACCUACAGCCCAGAUAUCACAACCUACAGCCCAGAUAUCACAACCUACAGCCCAGAUAUCACAACCUACAGCCCAGAUAUCACAACCUACAUCCCAGAUAUCACAACCUACAUCCCAAAGCCCACAACCUACAGCCCAGAUAUCACAACCUACAGCCCAGAUAUCACAACCUACAGCCCAGAUAUCACAACCUACAGCCCAGAUAUCACAACCUACAGCCCAGAUAUCACAACCUACAGCCCAGAUAUCACAACCUACAGCCCACAUCCCAAAGCCCACAACCUACAGCCCACAUCCCAAAGCCCACAACCUACAUUCUGCAGCAUCAGUCACUUAUAA